AUGUCCAUUCUUACUGACUCUGUUCCAGAAUCUCAUGCUAAUGAUUUGGCCUUCUCAAAAACUUUGCAUGACCAUGAGAAGUCUCGCAAUGGCUUAGUAUCUACCAUUUUGUCAAAGGAUAAAACUGCUUUUGAAACUGUGGUGAAUAAUUACCUAGGCUAUUGGGUUGGAAAAGAUCCCAUGACUGAAUCCGAAGAGGAUAAAGAAGCGAGGAAAAAUAAUUAUACUAAUAUGACUAAUUCUUAUUAUAACAUUGCUACAGAUUUUUAUGAAUAUGGAUGGGGCGAAUGUUUUCACUUUUGUAGGUUUGCUUUCGGUGAAAAUUUUUAUCAUGCCAUAGCACGACAUGAACAUUAUUUGGCAAUGCAAUUGAAUGUAAGACCCGAUAUGAAAAUUUUGGAUGUUGGUUGUGGUGUUGGUGGUCCAGCACGUGAGAUUUGUAAAUUUACAGGUGCUCAUGUUACUGGUGUUAAUAAUAACGAUUAUCAGAUUUCUCGAGCAAAGAAAGCUGCUGCAAAACAAGGCUUAGAAAAAAAAACAGAAUUUGUUAAAGGAAAUUUUAUGGCAAUGCCUUUUGAAGAAAAUUCUUUUGAUGCUGUUUACGCAAUUGAAGCUACUUGUCAUGCACCUGUAUUAGAUGGAGUGUACUCUCAAGUUUUUCGUGUUUUAAAACCUGGUGGUUUGUUUGCUUUUUAUGAAUGGUGUACUACAGAUAAAUACGACCCUAAUAAUCCUGAACACAGAAGAAUCAUUCGUGGUGUUGAGUAUGCUGAUGGUAUUCCAGAACUCUUUCCAACCCAUGUUGCCUUGCAAGCACUCAAAAAUGCUGGUUUUGAAAUAGAAAUGGCACAUGAUUUAGCCAUAAAUGAUGACCCCAUACCUUGGUAUUAUCCUCUUGAGGGGAAUUUUAAAGAUGCUCAAACUUUGAGUGAUUAUUUUACCGUUUUUCGUAUGUCUAGAUUUGGCAAGUUUUGUACUAGAUCUUUGGUUGGCUGCCUUGAAACAUUCGGCAUAGCACCUAACGGCUCACUUCAAACUCAAUAUGUACUUGAAACUGCUGCUGAGUGUCUCGUGGAAGGUGGAAAAUUGGGAAUUUUUACUCCUAUGUUUUUGAUGGUUGGCAGGAAACCAGUUGAUUUGUAA